UCUGAAAGCUACCGACACCUUCUUUCUAACGCACGCACGCUUGCACGUGUCGUCCCUUUCCUCCGAUCUCCCUGAAAAUACCGCAACCCUUUGAUCUCCGUUUAAUUCCCUUUGCAUCUGAAAGAAGAAACUCACAGUGGCUUACGGUCAUCGAUUUCAUAGAUCUAUUAAGAUUAUCUGGAAUGGCAGCAAUUUACAGUCUUUACAUCAUCAAUAAAUCUGGUGGAUUAAUCUAUUAUAAGGAUUAUGGGUCUGCUGGACGAAUGGAUACCAAUGAUAGCUUGCGGGUGGCGAGUUUAUGGCACUCAAUGCACGCUAUCUCUCAGCAGUUAUCACCUGUUUCAGGUUGUUUAGGAAUUGAACUUCUCCAAGCAGAUACAUUUGAUCUUCAUUGCUUUCAAUCACUGACUGGGACAAAAUUUUUUGCGGUCUCGGAGCCUGGAGCACAACACAUGGAAAGUUUAUUGAAAUUUGUCUAUGAAUUGUACACGGACUACGUUUUGAAGAAUCCGUUCUAUGAGAUGGAGAUGCCUAUACGUUGUGAGCUCUUCGAUAUCAACCUAACACAGGCAGUACAAAAGGAUCGUGUCACAUUUUUGGGCCGAUAAAUUGAUAUCUGACCGUUUUCACAUUUCUCUAUUCUGAUUAGUACAUAAUAUAAAGAUUGUCUUUCAUAUGCUUGUAAGGGAUUGUGUUACAGCUCAUAGCCUUUGUAUUUGCUUUUACACACAAAUGAAGAUUUACUAUGUCUGAGGAAUGGCAAGUUUUCUGGCAUCCGAGCAAUGCUUUUCAUAUGGUGGUAGUUAGAAAUUGCCUGUAUGCCUGCAUAGAUCACCUUGGUGUAUGGUUUGAGGACAGUGAUGUUUGGGUUCUUGCAUGAUAUUCAAUUUGGUGUACCUGGUAAUAGUUAGUUGCAAUGUUCCAUGUAACUCUUACUCAGCUGAUUACUGGAAAUUCCAAUCAGUUUACUGUUCUCAACGA